CACAACACGUCUUACUUUAACUGAAUCAUUCCAGAUCACUUGUUGCCUUGAAGAAGAGUCUCUGUCAGUAAGUACAGGAUCUGUCAUUUGAUUUUGAUGGGUUAAGGUUAGAAGGGUGAUAGCAAAAGAUAACAGGGGUCAACCAGGCAAGGAACAGUGGUCGAGUAGUGGUGAGAAAUAUCUGUGAUUCUGACACAAUGAAGGCAUCAACCCCAUCCAAGACAGCCAAGGCCAACACCACCUUCUCUCUGACUUUGUUUAAAAAGCUGAGUGAUGACAACAAGACGGGGAAUAUCUUCUACUCCCCUUUCAGCAUCUCUUCAGCUCUGGCUAUGGUGAUGCUGGGGGCCAGAGGAAACACAGCCACACAGAUGUCAGAGGUCCUCUGCUUCACCAAGACAGAGAAGCCGAAGCAGACGGGAGCAGAGCAGAUGCAAACGCACUCGACGGUGCAGUCGGCGAUGCAGUCGCAGAUGCAGACGCGGAUGCAGAUGCGGACGCAGAUACAGCAGACCAGCAGACUGCCACAGUAUCUACUCAAGUGCCUGAAACCCCAGAAUGGUCAAGAUGAUGUCCAUGCGAGCUUUGCCCAACUGCUGAGUGAGCUCAUCAAGGCAGACGCUCCGUAUGCCCUCAGUCUUGCCAACAGGCUGUACGGGGAGCAGUCCUACCAGUUUGUUGAGGAUUUCUUGGCAGAAACCAGAAAGCACUACAACGCAGAGCUGGAGUCUGUGGACUUCAAAGCUGGCGCAGAUGCUGCCAGGGUCAACAUCAACAGCUGGGUGGAGGAGCAGACCCAAGGAAAAAUCAAGGACCUGUUGGUCCAGAAUGUUGUGGACGAUUCGACUAUCCUGGUGCUGGUCAAUGCCAUCUACUUCAAAGGCAACUGGAACCAACAGUUCAAGGAGGAUUCUACAGUUGAUGCGCAGUUUAGGAUUAACAAGAAUGACACUAAGUCGGUGAAGAUGAUGCAGCAGAAAAGUAAAUUCCCUCUCAUUGCCAUUCCUGAGGCCAACUGCCAGAUCCUCGAGAUGCUCUAUAAAGGGGAGGAGCUCAGCAUGCUCAUCUUCCUGCCCGAUGACAUAGAGGACGACACAACAGGCUUGGAGAAGCUGCAGAGGGAGCUAACCUAUGAGAAAUUUGUGGAGUGGACUCGUUCAGACAUGAUGGGCCAAACUGAGGUCCAGGUGGGGCUGCCUCGAUUUAAGAUGGAGGAGACGUAUGAUUUAAAAGAUGUCCUGACCAGCAUGGGCGUUGUGGAUGCUUUCAACGUCACACUGAGUGACUUUUCUGGCAUGUCUCCUGCCAACAACCUGGUACUAUCAAAAGUCAUCCACAAGGCUUUCGUAGAAGUCAAUGAGGAGGGAACAGAGGCUGCUGCUGCCACUGCCGCUAUCCUAUCAGAACGCUCUGCAGUGAUUCCUGCCACGUUCAUCGCAGACCACCCCUUCCUUUUCUUCAUCCGACAUAACCCCACCAUGAGCGUUCUCUUUGCCGGACGAUACUGCUCCCCUGAGUGAGCACUAUACUGUACGUCCUCUAGACAUGGACAGAUUAUAAGACGGGGAGGGGCUGGGCACAGAUAUGUAGAAGGCCCCCACAUCUCCUACAUCAGAUCAAGAAUCACUAAUUCAGACAGACACCUUCUCUAUGUGGUAGUCUCUACUUUGUAGUCGUUUUGUGUCUCUUUAUGGUAGUUUUGUUACUCCUUGUUUUGCAUCUCUUUUUAGUAGUUUUGUGUCUGUUUGUAGUUUCUUUGUGACUUUCCAACAAGAAAUGUUAGCAAUAGGCUGUGGCCCAGGGGCCCCUAACUCUUUAGGAUUGUGAUUCAGCCAGGGGUGGAAUGUAUCUAUUGUAGCUACCAUAUAAGAGGCUAAUAGAUAUUGCUGGGAGGAAAUGGAGAAUCAUUGCCUGUGUCAUUUCAUCUAGUUCUCAUCUGUGUCCCUGUCCUAUAUUUUCAUGGCCAGGAUUU